UCGCGAGAGAGGAACGCACCGACAGUCGGCGCCGAGCCGUUCUCGCGUGACUUUGUAUUCGAGUAUUUCGUAGCGGGACGAUGCUCCCCGCUUACGGUUUUCGAUCGACUGCGACAUAAAAAGCUGCGCUCGUUGAAAUUUUGCCAAGUGAAAAUCACGGCAAAGGAUUCGACAAUUCGUCAUUUCCAAAAAUCGCGAGAGGAUCCAUGUGCCCGCAGCAUGGCUAUCAUGCAGUCCUGUUGCUGUUGGCAAUCCGUACGCAGAGGCAGUUAUGCCUGUGCCAUUUACACCAUAAUAUACUUUGCGUUGCUAGCGUCAACUACCGGCACGACUCUUCGAGGGGAGAGUCAGUAUCUGAAGGGGGACGUUUCCCUACCGGAAUCGAUUAGCUUUCUGGAAUCAGGGACCAUAUCGCCGACGACGGUUCAAUUCAACGGAAUGCUGCUUAUCUGCUCCUGCUGCGGCGUGCUGUGCAGUCUCCUUCUUUUGUACGGCUUAUACAAGGAUCGUAAGAUGUUACUGAUUCCAUGGAUUGUUGCAGUCAUCACGUGUGGUAUUAUAGACGUAGCACAUUCUUUGUACCUGUUCAUCGUCACAUACCCUUUGAAGGUUCCAGUAGUGAGAUAUGUAACUCAACCACCGACUACGACUGCCACUACGUCGUGUCUAAGUUCACGAAAAGGUGUAACCAAUAAUGAAACAAAAGCAACACCGACUCAGAGUCCCACAACGUGUCACAAUCCUCUCUUAUCGGAGAAAAGUCCCACCGGGAGUCGACUAUCGAGGAAGCACGUUCAGUUUCCAGACACAUCAGAUCCGAGUCAGAUAGAGAGACCAGAAAUACCAAUAACAAAAAUGCCAACAAAAUUCUCGUCGAAAGUUGAGCGCAACACGAGAACUUGGCUGCAACCUAGCGAUGCCAUAACAAUUGUCGUUAACCAGUCUUCGCCAUCAAGUGACGACGAGCAAAAUCAUUGCUCAUAGAAAGUAUGAAUCUGAAACACAAUCACAUACAAUUGUUAAUAAUCUGAAUACAUGUAUGUGAUUGCUGUAUAAUCUUCAAAGACUUAUUUUAUUGUUGUAAAUAUAUCGAUGAAUUUUUUUAUAAAGGAAAAUCUCACAGA